AUGCUGAGCCUGAUAUGUUUUGCAUCAGCAUCAGAUCCGAAAUUUGAUCCCUCCACGAGGAUGCGCCUGGUGCUGGUGCCAGCGGAUGCAGCCGUGGGUAGCGUGAUAUAUCGCAUUCGUGCGACUGACGAGGAGUUCGAUUAUCCACUAACAUUUGAACUCCUCGGCGACGCCUCGUCAUCAACAGUGCAAAUUGAAUCACUGCCAUGCACAAAGUACAAUUCUGUGUGUCAGGCGAACGUGAUCCUUACCAGACGCCUCGAACCUGGCAGAUACUAUGACUUUCAGAUCUCAGUCAAGGACACGCGCGGAGGAAUGGCCUCGCAGAGUUGCUCAAUAACGGCAACGAACUUCACCACACCGCACGAUGUCAUCUUUCCGCACAAGCCCGGCAUCAUCAUGAUUCCCGAGGACGCCAAGCGAGGCACAGAGUUGGAUUAUGUAAUUGCGCGCAAAAAUCCGCUCUUCCCAAAGCACGUCUACUUGGAAUUGUGGGGUUCCCCACUAUUUGCCAUUCGACAAAAAAUUGUUCCUCCCGAGAUGACCGAAGGCACGAUCUUCUUGCUUGGGCCGCUCGACUUUGAGAAGCAGUCCAUGUAUCAUCUCACAGUGUUGGCUAAUGAUCCUUACGCAGAGCCUGGACAGGAUUCCAGAAAUAUAGCAGGUCUGGAAAUUGUGAUUAUUGUGGAGGAUGUUCAGGAUGUCCCACCAAUUUUUACCAUGGCACCACCAGUCACUCGUCUUCCAAAUGGACUUCUGCCCGGAGAUAAGAUCCUACAAAUUCAAGCCGAGGAUGGCGACAAGGGUGUUCCUCGUGCAAUUCGCUAUGGCCUCGUGUCGGAGGGAAAUCCGUUCACAUCUUUCUUUGAUAUAAAUGAUACAACAGGUGUAAUCACCCUGAUGAGGCCAUUGGAUGAAAUUGCCGCUAUUACUCACAUCGGAGAUCCUGUCUUGCUAACAGUUAUUGCCGAGGAAGUUAAGGUCAUGCGUGAUGAACCACCCGCAAUGGCUUCGACGGUUCAGCUGGCCUUCCUCCUUCCAGAGCGCGAAAAUGCACCACCGUACUUCGAGAAUGACCAGUGA